GUGAAAUCAAAUGACCACAUUUCAAGACGAUACUUGAAGUACGCGAUCAUUUAUAACUUUGAUAAUAAUGAAUCUGUUACUAUUUUUAUCGAUAUUUAUAUCAGUGCUAGUAAUAAAUAUUAGAAAUGUAAUAUCGAAAAUUAUACCAGAAGUUGAUUCCAGAAUAUAUUUUGGUGAAGAUGUCCGAUUUGGGGAGCACAAGUAUUUGGUUAACUUAGACAUUGAUAAAGGUGAAGACGACAUAUACACGUAUACCGGUAAUUAUUUCUGUAGUGGAUCUAUCAUUGGCGAGAAUUAUAUUGUAACUGCUGCCCAUUGUGCUUGUUACCCACGAAUAACAUUUAAAGCUAAGAGUUACUCUAAUACAAUAAUAGGUUAUGGAAAUACAACAUAUUCACAUCCUAAAUUCCACGAAUGCGGAUCUGUAAACAUCGUCUUUGAUUAUGCAGCUGUAGAUGUAGGUUUAUUUAAAACUGAAAACAAGAUAAUAUUCAAUCAAUUAGUUCAACCCAUCCCAAUGAGCAUGUCUGAAGUGAAAUUAGGUGAUGUUGUAACGAUAGCAGGGUACGGUCGGACAGAGACGGAAGAUUUUCCUAAAACCCCGAAACAGGCUGCACGCACAGUAAAAAAAUGUGAUGUACCGCAAAAUUUAUUUUGCACAUAUGGAAUCGUGCGAACUGGGCCCGGUGAUUCUGGAGGACCAGUGAUACAUAAAGGGCAACUCAUCGGAAUCACAUCGUGUGGAGAUUGUGAACGAGGCAAGAAUCAUCAUACUUGCAUUUCAUAUUACGCUAAAAUUCAAGUGCUGCUGGAAUUCAUGAAAACGUUAAAUAUUCCGUUGAUAACUAGUUUGGUGACUAUGAUCAUGUUACAAUUUUUAUCGUUUUUGAUACUAGUGUCAAUAAAUAUUGUCGAUGUAACAGCGAAAAGUGUACCAGAAGUUGAUUCCAGAGUAUAUUCAGGUGAAGAUGUUCGACCAGGGGAGCAUAGGUAUUUGGUCCUUUUAGAAAUCACAUACUCGUUUAACACCAUGACCAGAUGCAGCGGAUCCAUCAUUAGUGAGCAAUGGAUUGCUACAGCAGCUCAUUGCAGUUGUAAACCACAACUUACUUUUAAAGCCAUGAGUUUUUACCCUAAUACAAUAAUAGGUUAUGGUAAUAUCCAAUUUACACAUCCAAAUUUCAAGUCAUGUUAUACAACAACUAUCGAAUUCCACGAGGCAGCUGUCGAUGUAGGCUUACUUAAUACGCAUAACCGGAUAAUAUUCAAUCAGUUUGUUCAACCGAUCCAAAUGAGUGCGUCUGGAGUUAAUUUGGGUGAUGUGAUAACGAUAGCAGGAUAUGGUCACACAGAGACAGAAAUUUUGCCGAAUACCCCGAGACAGGCCGCAGUGACAGUACAAGACUGUAAUGUGAAGGAAAAUUUGUUGUGUUCGUAUGGACCGAAGCGAACUGCACCUGGCGAUUCUGGAGGACCAGUGACUCAUAAUGGAAAACUCGUUGGAAUAACAUCGUCUGGAAUUUGUAAUUCCAAUAUAUGUAUAUCUUAUUAUGCUAAAAUUGAAGUACUACUGGAGUUUAUAAAAAUGCUGAAUCCUAAGAUGUUAAUGAGUGAAUAAAAAUAAUUGUGGAUCUAUUUUUUUGUUAAGCAUGUGCAAAUUAGAUAGUUACGCAUAAUGCCAUAAUGAAUCACUACAAUAUUUACAUAUUAUGUAUAUGCUACUAUACUUAAAUAUAUGUAUUAAUUAAACAACCGCCUAUCAAAUACGAA